AUGCGCCCGCCGCUUCAUAAACCCGGCGCGAUUCCGCUCCUCGCCUUGGUCGUGUUCUCGCUGCUCUCGCUGGUGCCGUCGCUGCCGAGCAUCUACAGCUUGAAAUUUGCCGAUUUUGGCUACUACUAUGGUAGCGGAGCUCGCCAAGCACCCCUCAUCAAGGAUGGCCUCGCACAUAUACCAUCGGAAAUUUCCUUGCAGAACGCGGACCGUCGGAAAGCUUUAAUCAGAACGUCGCCUCAUAGAUCACGCGUCAAUCGCCUGUCGCGCACUUCCCGACUCGAGACCGAUGCCUCUGUCCCCACCUCUACCGACGUCCCGUCGGUGGACAAUAGAAGCCAAUUGUCCUAUCUCUAUGGGGAUUCGUCCAUGUUCAUCCGUCCGGUACGAACGUUCCGAUCAUAUUUCUCCCAGCAGCUGGAUGCCUCCAAUCGCGGCGCAUCAGCAUCCGAAACCCAAAAUUCGUGUCCCGCCAUCUCCGUCACAAAUUCAUCUACUUCCCCGACGUCUCAUGACCCAUUUCAAGACUUCUAUUACGCGUAUAGAAAUCAAUCCUUCCCGUGGCAUCAAUUUCUCAACGAUGAGCUAGCACUGCAGCUCCCUGCCCAUCUCAGCCAUUUCUGGCAGCAGGUCUGCCGUGUCGCAAUUGACCUAUGGCCGUCUUGGACUGGCUCCCGGCCCUCAUUCUCGGUACAACGAAAUAAGGAGGAUCAUCCUAUAACCAAGGAGGAUCAAAAACCCGCAUCAAUUGAUCAUUCGCGCCCAGCACGAAACCCUGAGGACGAAACACAACCACUGGAGUCCCCCACCAUCGUGACCGACGACUCCGAGGAUAUUGCUGCCGGCCGGCACUCGGAGAACAUGCGCGGUAGUUGCAUGGCCAUCGUGAUUGGCUUGGUGGCGGGGAUCAUCUUAUUCUAA